CCACCAUCAUUAGGGGCGACUGCACUGAAACUACACCCAGCAACGCGGGAAUGAAGGGGUGCGGCCCCAGUCCAGAGACAAAGGAGGCAAAACCCAAGAAGUGCUGCUUCUCACUGCUGGUUGCUGUUUCUGCAAAAGCUCUAUGGGGAGUACCAAGAGCACCAAGGAGGCUCUGGCAGACGGGAAGCCACACGCCUGCUGACAGAGAGACAGAUCAAGAAACACGGCAACCAUCCCCGCAGCCAUGGGAGGACGCGGCAUGGACAUGGCCGUCGUGGCCAAAACGGAUACCACAGUCGCCAUCAGCAUGGGUUUCACAGCAGGCAGAGGAGCAGGGGUCAGUCCAACAUGGAGGGUGAGGCUGCUGAUGAGCAAACCGGUGAACCUGACCUCACAUCCUCUUUGAAGAAGAAGCGUUCCUACUCCAAGUGUCGAGACUGCAUAGCACGGGUGCAGCUAUUCCUUGUGACCAGGUUGGGAGAAGACUGGAUCUUCCUGGUUCUGCUGGGCAUCACAAUGGCACUGGUCAGCUGGACAAUGGACUACGCCAGCGCAAAGAGCCUGCAAGCCUAUAAAUGGAUUCAUGGGGAGCUGAGGGGGAACAUCCCCCUGCAGUUCCUGGCCUGGGUUUCAUAUCCCCUGAUGUUCAUCCUGUUCUCCUCCCUCUUCUGUCACCUGGUUUCUCCUCAAGCUAUUGGUUCUGGUAUCCCAGAGUUGAAGACCAUCCUGAGAGGUGUGGUGCUGAAGGAAUAUUUGACUCUCAAGGCCUUUGUUGCUAAAGUCAUCGGUCUGACUGCGGCUCUGGGUAGUGGCAUGCCUGUAGGCAAAGAGGGCCCGUUUGUUCACAUUGCCAGUAUCUGUGCUGCAGUUCUCAGCAGGUUCAUGUCCUUCUUUUCAGGAGUUUAUCAGAAUCCAUACUGUUAUACAGACAUCCUAACAGUGGGCUGCGCUGUCGGGGUGGGCUGCUGCUUUGGUACUCCACUUGGAGGUGUGCUGUUCAGCAUUGAAGUUACAUCCACCUACUUUGCUGUAAGAAACUACUGGAGAGGAUACUUUGCUGCUACAUUUAGUGCCUUCAUAUUCAGAGUGUUAUCCGUGUUUAACAAAGAUGCAGUAACCAUCACUGCUCUGUUCAGGACAAACUUUCGUAUGGAUUUCCCCUUUGACCUGCAGGAGCUGCCGGCCUUUGCCAUCAUCGGGAUUUCCUGUGGGUUCCUGGGGGCAUUCUUUGUUUAUCUCAACAGACAGGUGGUGCUGUUCAUGAGACGACCCAAUGCUAUGACCCGCUUCCUGACCAAACAUCGGCUGUUGUUUCCUGCUCUGGUAACGCUGGUCAUCGCCACCUUGACCUUCCCACCUGGGUUCGGACAGUUCAUGGCAGGAGAGCUGAUGCCCAGGGAAUGCAUCAACUCUUUGUUUGAUAACUUUACGUGGACGAAGAUUUCGGGAUCUCCUCCUCCGGUCGGUCUGGGCCGCUCCGCCGCCUGGCUGCACCCUGAUGUCAGCGUCUUCAUAAUCCUGCUGCUCUUCUUCCUCAUGAAGUUCUGGAUGUCUGCCGUGGCCACCACCAUGCCCAUUCCAUCUGGAGCCUUCAUGCCUGUCUUCAUACUGGGAGCUGCUUUCGGCAGGCUGGUAGGGGAGAUCAUGGCCACCUUGUUUCCUCAUGGGAUUGUGUUUGACGGCAUCCUUUACCGCAUCAUCCCUGGAGGGUACGCAGUCAUUGGAGCGGCAGCGUUGACUGGCGCGGUGACUCACACGGUGUCCACGGCGGUUAUAUGCUUUGAGCUGACAGGCCAGAUCUCCCACAUCCUGCCCAUGAUGGUGGCAGUAAUCCUGGCCAACAUGGUGGCCCAGGGCCUGCAGCCCUCCUUGUAUGACUCCAUCAUCCAAGUCAAGAAGCUGCCAUACUUGCCGGAGCUCGGCUUCGGACACAUGAGCCAAUACAACAUCUUUGUUGGGGACAUCAUGGUGAGGAAGGUGAACUUUAUAUCGUCUGAGUCGACCUACAGAGAAGUCAAGCUCCUUCUGGAUUCCUCUUCACUCAAGUCAAUCCCACUGGUCGACUCAAAAGAGUCUAUGAUCCUUCUGGGAAGCGUCGACAGGUUGGAGCUUCUGGCUCUCUGUGAUUGGUGGUUGUCACCAGAGAGGAGGCUCCUCAUGCAGGAUCGCAGUCUGCAGGAACAGAACCAGUCUCAGAAACACAGCUGGGAGUCCUUUGCCUUCGUAGAUGAGGAGGAAGAGGAGGACGGAGAGAAGGGCAGUCCAGUACAGGAGGAGAGGAACGGCCCCCUGCCUCCUGCAAAACCCCAGGAGCCUUCGUCAAACCACACUGCUCCUGUUCCUGACAAAGGUCCUCUGCAGUCUGUGAGGAAAACACUCAGGAAUCUCUUCUCCCCUAAGAACAGACAGACGGAGAGACAGUCACAGGAGCCCUGUCCUCCGCCCCUGUCCGACACAAUGACACCAGAAGAGAUCAAAGCGUGGGAAGAGGCAGAGAUGGACAAGCCGAUGGAAAUCGAUGAGAUACGAGUGGACCCUUCCCCUUUCCAGCUGGUUGAGAGAACAUCGUUACACAAGACUCACACCUUAUUCUCCCUGCUGGGGCUAAGUCACGCUUAUGUGACCAGUAUUGGCAAACUGGUGGGGGUGGUGGCGCUGAAAGAGCUCCAGAAAGCCAUCGAGGGCUCCACCCGCUCCGGCGUCCGACUUCGUCCUCCUCUGGCCAGCUUUCGUGACAUCAGCAACCACAAACCUCCACCUUCUUCUCCCGCUGCUCCUUCCUCUCCGACCUCCCCCUCCCCUCCCUCAGCUUCAGCUGCUUCCCUGCCCACCUCCUCUUCUCCGCUUCACCACCACCACCAUCACCACCACCACCAUCACCACCAUCCCCAUGUGAAUGAGACGGAGGUGUGGAUUGAGGGCUUGACAAGGGAGGUGGCGGAGAGCAGCAGCACCACCAGCAGCAGCAGUAGCAGUACAGGAGAUGAUGGUGCCAGCAGUACGGGGGCCUGCAGCUCAGCCAGUAGGAGUUGCAGUUACAACAGCAACCUUAACCUCCCUCCCUCCUCCACUCCUCCCCCUGUCCCUUCUUCCUCCACUGCUCCUCCUUCUCCUCCCUCUCCCUCCAUCCCUCUCUCCACCCUAAGGCCCCUACAGGAACUCCUUGAUGGGGGUGAAGACAGCGACGAUGAGCCAAUGGUUUAGACUAGACGAGUGUUUUUUAUAAUGAAAAACUUUUUUAAUGGUGUGAGUUUUUCCUUCUGUUCUUAAUUUGUUGCUCUGGUCUUUGGACAUUUUACCUCGUUAUCCCACCAUUACUGAUUCUGUCUGCUCCUGUCACAGACCUUUUCUCCGCUCUGUCUGCCCCGACCUCUCUGUCGUUCCUUAAUGAGCUCUGUAUGUGUACAUUUUUUUUGAUACAUGUCGUGCAACCCUUUCUCCUCAUUUUCUCUUUCUCAUUGUUUUUCACACGUACAGUCUCAAGGGUUCAAUCAAUAUGGGUUAAACUCUUCUUAAUCUUUGGCAAAGAAUUUACUGUUUACUCCAGGAUUAUUUUCUUGUCAGGUCGUAAUGGCAGCCCAAACAGCUUCAAGACAAUAAUAGCCUCACCACUGAAACCUGAAACAAAUCAUCUCAUUGUUAGUGGCUCAAGCCUCACUGAAUGUAGACUGUGGGUAUAAACCUGCCAUUGGGCACCUAUUGCAGAGCGAGGUCGUUGUUGAUAAAACCAAAUCUUGCUGAAAAUUGUUUUGAUGAAGAUUUGGAUCGUGCAAUUACACGGAAGUGCUGUUUUUCUUUUGUAUUGCUUUAUUUAUAAUAAUAAUAAUAAUAAUAAUUUAGAAUAAUUGAGAACAUUUCACCGUUCACAGAGAAACAGCUUUGCAGUUACACAGUACUAGAAGUGUGCAGCAAGUGAACAGCAUGGCUAAGCACCCUUUCCUUCUCAAAAAACAUUUUCUUUUUUUCCUUUUUUUAAUUGACAAUAUGAAUCCAAUAAAAUUUCCCAUUACAAUUUUUACAAUCUGAAACAGAGAUGUAUAUUAACCAAGGUGUGCAUUAGCAUGUUUGGAGAGGGGAAUCAGCCAUUUUAAUGUUCACCAUGUGCAAAUGUUUCCCCAAAACAAGUUCCCCGCCCAAGAUGAUUGUGAUUGGUCUAUAGAAAUGCAAACUCAUUCAGUCAGACUAUUCUCCAGUCCAGACACCACUGCGGAGGUCUCUUUAGUCUUAGGAUAUAUAUUGCUCAUCUUAAAUCACAAAGAGCUCAAUUAAAAACUUUACUGAGGAAUACACGUAUAAUAUAAGAAUAUAGUUUGCAUUGUUCCUCUUCGGAUUUGAAUUGAUUGGACCCAUCUCAUGGUGUUUUCCAGCACAACAUAUGUUACGUCGUGUUGUUAUUAAAAUUAUAUGCUGUGCUGAAGAGUAACACAAACCUGAGCAGCCCAAACUAAAAGUGAACCCAGUGAAUCCCCGCACAGUACUUCUGCAUUACCUGACCGUUUAUGUGUCUUUAAAAAAAGGGUUUUAUCGGAUGAGAGCAGGAGUUAUUGAUUUUCUUUUUUUUUUAACUGGCAACAGACCAUCUGGAUAGCAGUAGACUAAUGGAGCUGCUCAGUCCACUGUGGAAGAUUGGCCAAAGCCCCAAAACGACCUCCAAAUUGUGUGCUGACCUUGUGGAUGCAGCCUCAGAGCUCAUCUCAUCACGGUUAAGUUGAUAGAUGGUGGAGCUAAAGGCGGCUGACGACAGCCAAACCCCACUGCAGAGAUCCUGGAGUUUUUUUUUUUUUUUCUUUUCAUUUUCCCUGACAACAAGGAUGCCUCCCAGAUUCAACAAAGAUCACUCAUGAGUAGGUUAGAUAAUUUACACUUAUGUUGCACAAAGAAAUGCAACAAGUACACAACAAGAGAAGCUUUUCUUUCCAGAAUGUUACAUCUAUCAUCCUGGAAUGGGAUUCUUCAGUGUUAAUGUCUGUAAUGUCUUAACUUUUACCUAACCUAACUUAUAGUGGAUGUCCUGUUUAUUUUUUUUUUCUUAAAAAUCUACAAAAUUAAUGACUGGAAAUGUUCAACCCUCUUAAAGUCACUGCUGAUGAUACUGUACGUCUUCAUGUUUAAUCUUCUACCUUAAUAACUGCAUUUAUACAUUGUUGAACUUGUUCUUUUUGUGGUGCACUCUUUUUCCUUUAUCACUCCAUCUUCUCUUACACUCUUAUCUCCUCUUCAUCUUCUGGACUCAGUUUCUCAGGUGCUGCCUUAAAAGUCUUUAAACCUGCGGAUUUAUCAAAAAGCUUUUUCUCUAUGUCUGUGUGAAUUAAAAUGUGUGUCUUUUCUUAAGGGGGGGUGGGGGGUCUGUACUGGACUAAGUGCUGAUUUCCUUUGUCUGUCUGUGGUUGUGGUUCAUGUAUUUAUUUAUUUAUCUUUUAGUAGAGUCAAAUGUUAUCUCAAAAUUUAUAAAACUGUGAACAGUGUAGUUAAAUAAAGUUUUAUUAAGUGAAAUGCUUUAAUUGUUCGCCCUCAUGUGUUGUGAAUUUGACCUUUAUCCAGGUCAGGCUGAUUGUAGAGGAAGACCAGGACAGGGGAAAGGCAGCACAUUUUAAGACAGACAGAAAGAAAAAUGUCUCUUUUGCUCAACCUCCUGGACCAAGAACUGAACUCAGUCAAGGUAGGGUAGAAAUAUUGAUUUGUGCAUUAGAAGACACAGGAUUUUUCCACAGAUAUAACAAUAACACUAUACUGCUACACUAAGCAUUUUCUUCAUUUUCCUCUAGAUAUUUUAUAUUUCACCUUAAUUUUUAGAUAUGAAUCUAACCUGAAGUCUCAGGUAUACAAAUGUUAUUUCUGUGGUGUCAGAACUGCUCACGUAACAUUAAAGGUCCCAUAUUUUUCA